AUGACAUUAGAAACAGGUAGAGAACUAUGGCGUCUGGAAGACAUACCACGUGAUUAUUUGAAAGCGUUCCACGCAGAUCCAAAGUCAUCCGAACUUAUCAAUCCUCCCUCAAACGCUGUCGUCCCUGACCCAGCAGGGGGAGAUAACCACGUCUUAAAGGUUAUUUACCACAAAAGAAGCUACAGUCACCAUGGUCCAACAACAGGGAUGCUCCAAUUCUUGGCCAGACCUAUAUCACGUCAUACAGCCGUGACCUUAAGCUACGACAUCUACUUUGAUCCUAGUUUCGAUUUCGUCCGUGGCGGGAAACUGCCCGGAUUGUGGGGCGGGUUGACGAACUGUUCCGGCGGACGCCAUUCCGACGACUGUUUCUCCACCAGGUUCAUGUGGCGUAGUCAUGGAGAUGGGGAAGUUUACGCCUAUAUCACUCCGCGAGACGAGCAAGCUUCUGGAUUCUGUGACGACAAAGACUGUAAUUCGGUUUACGGUUACUCUCUAGGGCGGGGCAAAUGGCGUUUUAGGAGGGGUGAGUGGCAGAAUAUUGCCCAGUACGUGAAGCUGAACACCCCAGGUCGGACAGACGGCGUCAUCAGGGUGUGGUUCAACCACAAACUUGUCUACGAGGAGGACAAUGUCAGCAUCCGCCAGACAGACAGCGUCAAGAUCGACGGCAUCUACUUCUCCACGUUCUUCGGCGGCGGCGACAGCAGCUGGGCGUCAACACGUGACACGUUCACGUGCUACAAGAACUUCGUGUUGUCGACCAACGCACACCACCCAAUCAUAGUUGGGUAAAUUAUGUUAAUGAUUUAGGUCAAUGUCGUGCGGCUGAACCAGUUCAAAGGAAUAUUCUUUUUAAACAAUAAUUUAAAAAAUACUGCUUUUUGUUUUAUAAUACAUGUAUAAUUAUU